AUGUCACAAACACUUACUCAGCCCUCCUCAGAAAUAAAAAAGCCGGGAGAGAGUGUGAAGAUGUCCUGUAAAGGAUCUGGGUAUACAUAUACCAACUACUAUAUAAACUGGGUUCAACAGGUUCCAGGGAGAGGACUGACAUGGAUUGGGAGAGUUCACCCUACUUAUAAUGGGGUUACAGAUUAUUCCUCUUCAUACAAGGGAAGAUUCACAAUAACAACUAAUGCAUCUAUAACUACAUCAUAUCUACAAAUAGAAAAUCUGAAAGUGGAAGACACGGCCACAUAUUACUGUGCAAGAGACACAGAGAUCCAAGGAUGA